AUGUAUGUGGAGCACUCAAAUGUUCUUUAUUUGUAUUUAUUUGUCUCAUGUAAAGUACGUGUCUCUGGUCCGGGUAUUGAACAUGGUGUUCUCUCAACAUUUCAAUCACAUUUCAUCUGUGAUACGAAAGGCGCAGGUGCUGGACAACUGACUGUUAAGAUCCGCGGUCCCAAAGGUGCGUUUCGUGUCGAAAUGCAACGUGAACAUUUACAAGAUCGUACCAUUAUUUGUCGAUAUAAUCCAACUGAACCCGGCGAUUAUCUCAUCUCAGUUAAAUGGAGUGAUGAACAUGUUUACGGUUCACCAUUUCACACUCAUAUCUUUGAACGACAAGAAGAAUUGGACCGAUUUUUACAUGAGCAAAAUGCCUAUCGUCAAGCCCAACAGCAGUGGAGAGAUGAAGUUUAA